CCAUGCUAAAUAACAGUUGCCUGGUGAACCUGAACGUAACCUCCAGGUAUUAUGCGUUCGCUACUGUGUACAGCAUGGUUUUGCUUGUUGGGUUGCCGCUGAAUGGGCUGUCGCUAUGGAUUCUCCUGAAGAGACACGGAUUGAGGACGUCUAACACUGUUUUCAUGGCCAACCUCGCGCUGUCCGACCUCCUCUUGGCCCUGUCUCUGCCUCUACACAUCUAUUACUACGCUACGGCGCGCUGGCCCCUUGGAGCGGCGGUGUGCACCGUCACCACCAUGCUAUACCGACUGAACAUUUUCUUCAGCUCCGUGUUCAUCACCUACAUCAGCGUGGACCGAAUGCUGGCGGUGGCGUUCCCUCUGCGUUCGCGUUCGCUGCGCUCAGCCAAGUUUGCAGCUUCAGCCUGUGUGGCCACAUGGCUCCUUAUCAGCGCCAUCAGCAUCCCCAUGGGUAUAAGAUACAAUGAGAAACUGCAUAUUUGCAGAGGAGAAAACUGCUUCGAUCUGCACGUGGACAUGGGCUCAAAGCCGUCAAGAACCGGUACUUAUGUUUUUCCGUUUCUCGUGGUCUUCAUUCUGCUGCCUGUCAAUGUUUCCUGCACAGCGUUGGUCAUAAGGGCUCUUCACAGAUGCCGGACUCACUUACUAAAGAACAGAAAAACAGACGUCAUGUUGGUUUUCGUUGCAAAUUUGUUAAUGUUUGUCGUAUUUUUUAUUCCGGCAUGUGCACUGAUUUGUUCAACAUCUCUAAACAUCAAGAUCGACAUAGAUGUUGUUCGCUGGACGUUAUGUUUUUUGACAUUAAAUUGCUGUCUAGAUCCAUUAAUUUAUUAUUUCGCGUUGGACACUUUUUGGAAAAGAGAAGUGGAAUCGGAUACCUAAGGGGAUUUCUAUUAUGUAUUAUCUUACCCCGCCCUGAAAAAGAAAA